AUGGAAAAUUAUAUAAAAGAUAAAUUAAGUGAGAUUUGUGGUGGUUCGGGCACAGAUGAUAUUCAAAAUUCCAUGUCCUACAUUGCCUUUUCGUUUGUUAAAGGCGUUCUCAAAGUGGCCAGUGAAGAUACGAUGAAUUCUGAUACUGGUGAGAGUUCGUCAAUAAUUAUCCCCGACGUUUGCCUUGUUAGUAACAGUGGCAGUGGUAGUUAUCAACAACAAGCACAACUUCAUCGUGAAAGUCAACCAUUGUUAACGCAUAUGGAUUCUGUAGAUUCACAUCACAUUCCAUGGAAUAAUAUUACGGAUGAUCCAGAGUAUGCCGAUGUUAUUUAUCAAGCUGAACGAGCCAUUGAAGGUGGAAUAUUACCGUUGAGAAUUGUACAAGGAUCAAGUGGAAGUUAUUUUGUGAGAAAUUUAGAAGGAAAAACAAUUGGAGUAUUUAAACCAAAAGACGAAGAGCCAUACGGUAGACACAAUCCAAAAUGGACGAAAUGGUUACAAAAGACGUGUUGUCCAUGCUGUUUUGGUCGUUCCUGUUUAGUGCCGAAUCAAGGUUAUUUAUCUGAAGCUGGUGCGAGUCUAAUAGAUACAAAAUUAAAAUUAAAUGUUGUACCAAAAACAAAAGUGGUUCGAUUAGCUGCUGAUUCAUUCAACUAUCCGGCCUAUAAACGAAAAUGGAUGACAGCAAAACGUGAAAUUAAUGAACGUGUAUCAGCACAAUUUCAUGGCAGAAGAGUAUUUCAACCAAGAGGUUUACCAACAAAGAUUGGUUCAUUUCAAUUAUUUGUGGAAGGUUAUUCAGAUGCUGAUGUUUUAUUAAAACAAAUUGAUCAUGAUUCAUUAACAGAAGAAGUUUCUCAACAAUUUCAACGUAAAUUUGAACGAUUAGUUGUACUCGAUUAUAUCAUUCGAAAUACAGAUCGAAAUAAUGGAAAUUGGCUUAUUAAAUAUGACAAAACAGCUUGUGACAGAGACAGGCUACUUCAUUCUUUAUCUAGUCCACAACUACAGGAACAAAAGGAGAAUAUAGAUUCAAAUCAUGCUGUUGGUGAUAUAUCUUCAAUUCCAAUUACCACUACAGAAUUUGUCACAUCACCAUCACAAGUAUCUACCGUCACUUCAUCUCCAAAAGUUGAAAUUGAUUUAGCAGCUAUUGAUAAUGGUCUAGCAUUUCCAUUUAAACAUCCAGAUGAAUGGCGAACAUAUCCUUUUCAUUGGGCAUGGUUACCACAAGCAAAAAUUCCAUUUUCUGAUGAAAUUAAACAGUUGAUAUUACCUUUCUUAUCAGACAUGAAUUAUGUUGAACAUGAAUUAUGUGAUGAAAUACAAAGAUUAUUUGCAUUAGAUAAAGAUUCAGAGAGACGAACAGUAGAACGACAAUUGUCAGUUAUGCGAGGACAAAUUUUGAAUCUUGCUCAAGCAUUACGCGAUGGUAAAUCACCAUUUCAACUUGUUCAAAUGCCUGGUGUGGUUGUUGAACGUUUGGGACAAACAACGAAACAAUUUAAACAAAAAUUUAGUGAUCGUUAUCCGUUAUUUUCAUGGUUUUAA